AUGAAAAUGGGUUCAGUUUAUGUGCGUUCCACGACACUUAAAUGGAAAAAGGGCCUUGUUAAACGAUCGGACGCAUCGAUCUGCGAACACACACAGGGUGAUAAUACCGUAACCUGGAAGUCUGUUGGCGACACGGUAGAGUUUCUGAUUGAACAGGAUGCGAAGAAGGGCAAAUGGUGGUCGGCCAUUGGUGUUGGACGUGGAAUGGAGGAUUUGAAAAUGGCGAUCGCAUUCACGGAGGACGGUGAAAUGAAGUCGAUUGGCGGAUUCCAGUCGCAAGGUUAUGGACAGCCGAAAGCUGACGAUAUCGUUAAACCAGCACUGAAUAUUGAGGGUUCAAAAGUCACCAAUGGCAGAUCAUUCGUGCAGUUUACAAUUCCUCAUAGCAUCUUUGACUUGUAUACG